CCGAACUGUGAUGUGCUCCGAUGCAUUACCAUCCGUUUAGCACACAGACGGUCGUGUUCGUCGCGGUGCUUGCUGUCGUUCUUCCUGCAGUGUUCAGGAUUGUCUCCUCGCCCAUCCUCCUCCUCCUCAUCUCACCUUUCGUCCUCCUUUUCCUCGGGUUGGCUUUCCUGGCACUCAAUGUCCUCGUCAGCCAUCUUCUGGACUCCAAAUCCUCCGGAACAAGGAAUAAUCUGCCCUACGCUGCUCGGCCUUUCGUAUUCUCUAGUCCGGCAGCAUGGCAGGCCGUAUUGACGCGUUCUCAGUGGUCCCAGGACAGUCCCCAAUCCUUCCCGCCCCUGGUGUCCAAUGCACCCGUUGUUUCCGGUGCACUAAACGACAUCCUCAUCAUGAUCGUGCGCGACUUUGUGCUCACUUGGUACAAGGAACUGUCUGCAUCCCCCUCCUUCCCCAUGGCGGUCUCAUCCGUGCUUCACAGCUCACUGUCGAAUAUACUCGACCGUGCGGCGGCCAUCGACUUGGCGGAGUUGCUCGUCAAACGAAUUCUCCCCAAAGUCACAGCACAUAUCGAGCAAUUCAGGCAAUCCGAGGUCGCGUUACGUGGCGCAGCGUUGGAACGGCGGCUUACGCAGUCGGAGGAACUGGAUCUGUUGUUGGCCAGUCGGUACUCCAGCAAGAACGGGGCCGGCAAACUCCAUCCAUCGGUUGAAAACUUAUCGACCACUUUCACGAAGCAAACAGAGGAGGCCCAUCUUCGAGUUUUGGUGGACAAAGCUUUGCCGUUCGUUCUGCCGGAGAAAGAGGGCAACAGUCAUGUUCUCAAACUAGUUGUGCGGGAGAUUGUGGCAUGUUCUGUGUUGCAUCCAGUCAUGGAUAUGGUAUCGGAUCCUGAUUUCUGGAACAAAAUUAUCGACCAAGUGGCUGGAGCUGCUAUUCACGAACAGAAACUCAUAUCCAAAGUGCGUAACGUACUAGAGGCUCAAUCCCCAAGAGCGAAUCGUCUCUCUACCGCCCCCGUCUCCUCUCUGCCAGCUACGGAGACGAUCACGAUUCAUACGGAUAUCCGUCGAUUUGAAUCGUUUCUUCGAAGUAUCAGUCGUUGUUCUUCCUUACUUGAUGCCCGUCGUUUGAAGAACGACAUCGUUGGUGAGAUCCGGCGCACACGUCUCAAUCUCUCCAAUCACGAGAAGGACGAUUGGAUAGACGGCGAGAAGACGGAAGAUGUGGUUGCAUUUCUGGACAGGCUAUAUACAGCAAAGCGAAGGGUCGAGGAGCGAAUUGUCGUACUGGGUGGAGGCGAUGACUCCGAGCGUCAAUCUGGAUAUCAGGAGCCCAGUGCCAAGACUGGGUUGACGCUUCGGGACGUGCUCCAGAAUCCGAGUUCACUGUCCUACUUCAUGGAAUUCAUGGACCGACGACAGCGCUCGUUGCUUGUUCAGUUCUGGCUCACCGUGGAGAGUUUCAAGAACCCGCUGGAGUCCGUUGAUUCCAGUUCGUCAGGAGAUGAAGACGAAGCCAUCCAGGACAAGUCCAUUUCUGCGACCACGACGGAAGACAUAGGGAUGAUCUAUGAGCUCUAUUUUUCCACCCCCACACCUCAUCCAACUCUGGCCUCCAUCCCGAAGAAACAUGUACAACGGAUCACGAAUUUCGCUUCCCAACAUCAAACGUCGCCGUCGAUGCAACGUAUUGCUCGAAGAAGCGUGAUGAUCGCUCAACGGCAAGUUGAGCGCGACAUGGAGCACGACUUUGAAGAGUUUGAACGCUCCGAACUUUGGUUCCGUGCCAUUGGAGAUACCGACUCUGGACGUCCGAGCCAGAAGCAAGCUCCGAAGCCUCCGUCUCUCGACGAUAAGCGCUCAAUGACGAGCCCGGUCGCAAUGCACACCCCACUGCAGUCUCCAGUUAAGGCGGGCUUCGGUUCGGCUGUUCAUGUGCUUUCGCGUGCCGAGAGCACUCCGGGUCACGUUCGACAGCGCACAGCGAGCAGCAGCUCGCUGAAAUCUUUGAAGUCUCAAUCGUCACAAAUGACUGCCUCGGCGCACAAUGCAACCUCGCGGCCGUCCAAUUUCGAGGUGUUGAUGUCACCUGUUUCGGAUCCUUCUGAAAACGACACGCGUGCCCCACUGUUCGAUGACCCUGAGGAUCACGUCCAGCGUGCGGAAGAGAAGCGCAUGGAGGCCAUUCAGGCAGCGCUCACCGAUAUCAUAGCGCUGGAACAGGAGAGCGCACGGGAGAAAGAGCGAGUGAAACCGGUCCGCCACAAGUCCGGUGAUCAGGAGCUUGUAUUUCCGAUGUCUCGAUUGCCAUCUUCAGAUGGCAAACGCCGUGCGAUGUUCGAUGAUGAGGUUGACGAAGCUGAGGAUGUGCACGACGAGGAGGACUCCAAUGAAAAUCCUGGCACAUUCCAGCUUGCUGCGCCUGGAGAUCUGCAGCUUUCUUUUGAAAUUGCCCGUCUGAGCGACAAAAUCACGAACUUACAAUCGCAAGAGGCCAUCUUGGUCACGCUCAUCAAGAAGGCAGAACUGACGGGGGAUACGCAAGAGCUCAAGUUGCUUAACAAGUCCAAGUCUGCCAUGAAUCGGGAGUUGCGCGAGCUGCAGUUCCAGAAGGUGCAAUAUGAACAGCAAGAUGCGGCCAACCGGCUGUUCUCUGACCGAACUAAGGUCGCCAUCGUCAACUCUACCGUCGGGGAGGAAGACGGCAAGUCGGUUGUCCGAUACCUUGUUGAGAUCCAGCAGCUAGCCCCGGAUGGGAGCUUCUCGUCUGGAUGGGUCGUAGCUCGACGGUACAACGAGUUCUUGACGAUGCACAACAAACUGCGUGAUCGUCAUGGGAUGGUCAGGAAUCUCGACUUCCCGGGGAAACGACUCGUGACCGCCCUGUCUGGAAGCUUCGUGGAUACGAGAAAGGCUGCGCUCGAGAAAUACCUCCAGAAUCUCAUUGCGGUGCCUGUCUUGUGUGACAGUGACGAAUUGCGCGCAUUCCUAUCGCGAGACUCCCCCUUCGUAGCAUCGGAGCGGCCUGUAACAACACCGAAAGAGCACAGCACCUUUGCUGGCGCCAAUCUCGUGAGGAAUGUGUAUCGGUCUGUCACCGAGAGCAUCGACGAUAUGUUCUUCGGGCCGUCCAUGCUUGACGUGAUGAUUCAACGACUCACUCGCCAAGCGGCCGAGUUUGCAGGGAUCGCAGGAUCGAGUGUUAAUGACAUCGACCUGGUUGCACAGGCCCUGAAUGCGUCUGGAAAGACUUCAUCCGAGGCCGCAAUCAUGCAGCAGCUUUCCGGUGACCUGAAACCACUCGAGGGAGAAACAAGCACUUCCACAUUCUCAGCCCCGAUCUGCGAUCUCCUUCUCGCUGUGUUUGAGCUGAACAAGACGAACAACUGGCUGCGUAGGCAAGCUAUUGUCAUCAUCUUGCAGCAGCUGUUGGGUGGCACUAUCGAGCGGAAAAUCCGGGAAAAUGUCAAAGGCAUGCUCGAAGAAUCACGUGUGAUGGUUUUCGUGAACUUGUUCCGCAAUGGUCUUUGGCCUGGAGGCAAGCUGAAACCUCCAAGCAUCCCCAGAACAGCAGAGGAGAAGCUCAGAACAAGAGAUGAAGCCAACCGCAAGCUCUCUUCUCUCGUUCCAGACCUGGCUGCAAAUAUGAUCGGUCGUUCCAACGCCCGUCGCGGCGCUCGACGGAUCUUUGCCGUGCUCCAGAACCGCAGACUAAACCAGCACAUAGCAUAUACCAUUGUCGAUGAGGUUUUCGCUGCUCUGUUUCCAGAGUCCACUGUCUCCCCGAAUCUUUCAUGAAAUCACGCGCGUAUUGUAAUGACACACCCUAUCAAUUAUGUAUCUCUGCAUCGGCCAUCGAGACGUCUAAAGCAUGGGCUUGCGGCUCUAUCUUAACCUUCGAUUCGGCGGAUGUCUCGUCCUCCUCCAUCUCGAGAACGUCAGCUUCCGAUUUGACCGUCGUCGGCUUGUUUGUCAUGGGCUUGGAGGUUUUCUUUGCGGUCACGGCAUUCGCAGUUCCGUCGUCGAAGCUGUUUACAAGUUUGAGCAGAAGAACCGGGGUGGGCGGAUUGACGGGGGUGCUUACACUUUGAUGGCAUGGAAUAUGAAUCCCCCGGUCCCAGACGUGUUCAUUGUUGGAUGUGUCCGCCCGGGGAGCACCUGAUAUCUUCGCAUCCAUACUUCUGAUACCGAAGGACAGAGAUACCCUGAGGACAAGCCGCGUGUGUGAUCACAACGCACCUGCCCGUAGGGACUUUGAACCACUAUGGACGCAGAGCCAGCCAAAUGUGGAACGAGGCGUUCCAAGAUAGAACCGAGAUGCCACACAUGCACCACACUGCACUCGCCUUUCGAAUUCCCCCGCAUACAAUUCCUCUCGAAUGCUGUUGAUGAGAUCUUGGGCAGCUUUCCGCCUGUCCAUCCGCGUGCGUUGCCUGUCUGACUUGAUUUGCUCAGAAGGAAGUUCAACCGGCGCGACGACUGAGCACUAGGACUGUCAGGAAAUCACGGGGCGAGACGACUUGCAGGUCCUACCGGGUACAUGUUCCUGCUCCGUCAGGGCCCAGUUUAUCGAGCAGGGUAAGCCGGUGGAGAAUCGUUGUUGCAGAGCGUGAUCAGACGUCCUUGGCCUGUGGACGGCUAAGCUUCAAGCCGGAUCAAUGUAGCACAGUCCACUCACCGCCCAUUCGCUCCAGUAUACCAGCAACAAGGAGACCCGAGGCGUCAUCUACUGCCAGAUACCUUCCCCCUGGUCGUAUGUUUGCCAUGUGAAGGAUUUGUGACAGAGCGUCGAUUCGUAUGUCGCGUACGCGCGCAGGGUCUUUUCGGAACCAAUACUCGCAGACGUUGAAGAGCGUUGGUUCGAUGCAGUUCGAAACGCACUUUGCUUCCUUUCUCUUCUUAUACUUCUCCUUGCUGUACUCCGUUUUCAGAGAGUAGUUUGCAUGCUGUUCGAUUUGAAGCCUGAUGAUUUCCUA